AUGCACGAGCGAGAGAAAAGACCACAUUUAAAUCAGGAACAGGCUGAUUUCUUCUCACGCGCUAUGGAAGCUUAUGCAGCUGUCAAAGGAACAGAAGCUGCAGCCGAUUUUUUUGGUCCAAUUAAUCAACAACUCGAAGGAAAAGAAGUUCUUGUUGCAACACACAAAACAGCAUCUCGAUUUUUAGAUAAGUAUAUCGCUGAAUGCCCUGUUGAGUCAUUACAUCAUCUUCUUCUCGCUUUUAGCAAACAUAUGUCAGAUUUAUGCUUUGAUGCAAAUGCAUCACACAGUGUUGAAAAUCUUUUCAUCCAGUGUGCACAAUUCAUCGAUAACAAAGACUUUAAACCAUCUUUCCAAGAAUUAUUUGCUUCAAUUUUGGGAGAAUUAAAGUCAUAUGCACCAGAUCUCAGUGAGGAUAGAUACGGAUCCCAUGUUAUUCGCUCUUUGAUUACUCAUUAUGGUGGUUUUAAGUCAAUGAACCAACAUAUCGAUAAAUUAUGUCGCCAAAUCAUCCAAGCAAUGCUGAAAACACCAGAUUAUACCAGAUCACCCCACUUUUCCGCUGUUCUCCAAACAAUUUGCACAUUAGAAAGCGAUAAAUAUCCAAAACUCAUCAAUUACCUUGCCAGAUCAGUUCCAUUUACAUUUGACUCGAUCAGAGACAAGUCUUCAUCACAUUUGAUCGAAGAAAUCCUCAAACUCAACGUUGAUGAGCCUAAAAAAGUCUUAUUCGACAAUGUUUUCAAGACAGACGCUUUGAAAUGUGCCAGAGAUAGACAAGCGAACUUUGUUUUACAGAGAUUCCUCGAAAAUACACCAAAAGACUUCAUUCCAGAAUUAUGCGACCAAUUACUUCCGAAUUUCGCCUCUUUACUCGACGAGCGCCCCGAAGUCAUCAAUUCCCUUGUCAGUGCUUGCGCCAGAUUGAAGUUUAACCAAGACAAAAUCGCCCAAGAAUUGAAUAAGUACAGAAACAACAGAAAUCUCAUUGAUUCUUUAUUGUCAAUACGCAGCCAGAAGGCAGGAGCCAUGAUCCUGCAGAGCGUAUGCAGAUUCGAGCAGAAACAAGCUGAUCCAAUCGUUGGAGCCAUUUUGGAUAUGACAGAUGACAGAUUUAAGGGUCUCUGCCUCGAUAAAAAUGGGUCUUACAUCAUUACAGAGUUCCUGAAGUCACAAACAAUCAAACCAGGAGCCAAAAACAAAGUUAUCAGGAAAAUGCUCCCAAUUUUACCAGAAAUUUCAGCCAAUAGAAUCGGAUCUUACAUUGUUGAGGACGCUUUCAAGGCUGGAGACAUGAAUUCAAAGGUAGAUAUCUGCGAAAGACUGAUUGAAGCUCAGAUGAAGGACAAAGCUCCGAAUGUGUGGAGGUCUUUGAGAGUGGACGCUUACAUGAACAGACGCGGUCAGUGGGAACACGAAAUUACUACUGCGGCCAAGGUUGAGAAGGCAAUGAAGGAAUUCGUUGACGAUCCUGUUGCUCCGGCCAAUGAUAAGUGA